CUGGAUGUGGUGCCUUCCUGCGGGUGGAACACACACUCACACACACACACUCACACUCACACUCACACACACGCACGCACGCGCAGAGGUGCUCCUCCGUUCGGCCGGCAUGUCUCUGGGACUGCGGGCCCCGGUGCUCCGGACCCCCGCCGCCGGUCCUCCCGACGCCGCCCGCAGCCGCAGCUCCUCCGCAGGGGGGGAACUUUAACUCCGGCGGCCGGAGGCGACUGUGGGGGGGGGCUGGAGGGGGGCAGAGACGUUUACGCGGGCGCUCUGCAGGAGCUGAGGCUGCGUCCUGAUUGGCUCUGGGACUGCAGCGGGGGCUGUGAGGAACACAAAGAUCACAGGGAUCACGACUCCACUUCGCCUGGACAUCUCCGUAUGACCAUGAAGCAGGCGGACAGCCUAUCCGGACCUGCAUGGACGGCGCGUGAGGCAGGCUGGACGUGCGUGAUGGAGGAGGCUGCCAGUCAGCUGGAGAGGGAGCACGUGCACAGCGUCUACCAGAAGAUCGCUCCCUAUUUCAACGACAGCCGCUACAGGGCCUGGCCAAAGGUGCAACAGUUCCUGCUGGACCUCCCGCCCGGGAGCAUCGUGGCUGACAUCGGCUGUGGCAACGGCAAGUAUCUGCACAUCAAUAAGGACGUGUUCAAGCUGGGCUGCGACGUCUGCCGCCCCCUGGUGGACUUCGCGUGGAGCCAGGGACACGAGGUCCAGAUGUGCGACGGGCUGGCUCUGCCCUACAGAGACGGAUGCUUCGACGCCGUGCUCUCCAUCGCAGUCAUUCACCAUUUGUCGACCAAAGAGCGUCGCGUUCGAGCAAUAAGGGAGAUGGCUCGCACCCUGCGGGCCGGCGGCCUCCUCAUGAUCUACGUGUGGGCCAUGGAGCAGAAACGCCGCAAGUUCGAGAAGCAGGACGUCUUCAUCCCCUGGAACCCCAAUCCCCAGCUGGCCCCCGGCUUCGGCCGAGGAAACGCCAGACCCAGGAGGAGGGCCACGGCGCAGAGCGAGAGCGAGGCCGUCGACCACUCCGAGAAGCACAGGAAGGUCCGAAGCACAUCGUCUGUGGCCGACGAGGAAGACCUGGGCGGGGGGGGCGCCCCGCAGCCGAAGCCCCACCGGCUGUGGCUCUUCUCCCGCUCUCUGGACUCCGUCUUUGACUUUGGAAGCUUGGCCAUCUCCUGGCCGUCCCCCAGAGACCUGAGCACUUUAUCCUCGAGCGCAGGGGAGAGCGAGGCUAACAAAGCUAACAAGGCUAACAAGAGCGGCCGGCGCGGGAGAGGCCGCGGCCUCAUCAAGCAGGUCUCCAGCUUCUUCUCCCCCCCGUCGGCGAUCGGCUCAGAGGAGGACGUCUUUGACUCGGUCACUAACCUGCACAAGGUACAGAGCGGUUGUGGAGGCGGCGGCAGCCCUCAGAGCGGCGGCUCAGACAGCCGGGGCGCCGCGGUGGCUUUAGCCCCCGAGUGUGGCGCCGUGGCUCUGCCAGAUCUGAUCUCUUUGCAGAGAGAGCCACCGAAGGCCCCCGGAGAGGAAAGCCAGGGACGCCCGGCGGGGGAGGCGCAGCGGGAAAGCACACAGAGGCCUCAGGGCAGCGAGGGCCCGGUGGAGGGCCCCUGUCUGAGGUACUACCACGUCUUCAGGGAGGGGGAGCUGGCAGAGCUGAUAGAGAACCACGUCGGGGAUCUUCAUGUCACACACACCUACUUUGACCACGCCAACUGGUGUGUGGUGGCACAGAAGGUUUAGUUAUGGCCCCACGUUUUAGCACUGAAUGGUAGAUUUAUUGAUUAGGACAUCGUUGUAGGUACGGUUAACACUAAACAGCUCCACUGCUGCACUGUUGGGAAAGUGCCAUUUUAACUUUUGUUUUUUGUUUUUGUUUUUU